UGAGGGAUAUAGCCCAGUCAUCAAUAUCAGUUGGCAACAUGCGCUUACGUAAUAUCCACAGGUAUCCUGUAUAUGUGUAUAUCAGUGGAAAUAAACAAACACUGCACUGAAGGAAAACUCUCACGAAACGUUUUACAAAUGACAGUUUAACGAUCUCUUUAUUUUCCUGCACUUCGUACACAAGAAAUAUGACUGAAGAUUUAGAUGAGUGUUACGACGUUAUUGUGAAACUAUCAAAAAAAGGAGGGCAGUUAAUACACGAGAGAAUUUGGAGUCAAAAGAGUGUGCAAUUUAAAUCCUGUGAAGUGGACCUGGUCACAGAAACGGACCAAGAAGUAGAAAAAUUACUUAUAUCAAGCUUGAAGUCAAAGUUCCCAGGGCACAAGUUUAUUGGUGAAGAAUCUACUGCUGCAGGAAUCAAAUGUGAACUCACUGACUAUCCAACAUGGAUCAUAGAUCCUGUAGAUGGCACCAUGAAUUUUGUGCAUGGCUACCCUAAUGUUUGUGUGUCUGUAGCACUGUGGGUGGAUAAAGUUGCUGAGAUUGGCAUUAUAUAUAAUCCAGUUUUAGAACUUUUCUUCUCGGCACGCCGAGGACAGGGAGCUUUUCUAAAUGGAAAACCAAUACAUGUUUCACAAGAAAAUGAUUUAUCAAAGUCGCUGAUAGGAUAUGAAUUUGGAACAAGUCGUGAUCCAGAGAAAAUGAAAGUGGUAAUGGAAAACAUGAAUAUACUUACGCCACUAGUUCAUGGGGUCCGUUCAACAGGUUCUUGUGCACAGAAUAUGGCAAUGGUUGCUCUCGGUGGAACAGAUGCAAACUUUGAAUAUGGAAUUCAUGCAUGGGAUAUAGCAGCUGGAUAUCUCAUAGUAACUGAGGCUGGAGGAGUAGUCAUUGAUCCUGCAGGUGGGCCUUUUGAUGUGCUGAGUCGCCGCUACUUAUGUGCCUGUUCACAGGAUUUAGCUGACCAGUUAGUCACGAUCAUCAAACAGCAUUAUCCAGAAAGAGAUUAAAGUUGUUCAGUGCUGACCUUGGUUAGCUCAGGACAAGCAAAACUGUGUAGUAAUUGCAUAAAUAAUACAAAAUUAUAUCACUAAAACAAACAUCUAGUAUGGCAGUAAAAUUAAUUUCUUUGAAUCUUCAUACCAAAUAACUCACUAACUAAAAUUACCAGUUAUUCCAAGACAGAAAAAGAAUAAUAUAUUCUUAAGUGGUUUCCAAAAUUGGGGUGCACAUUACUUUUAAGCAAACAUGAUACAAAUGUAAGUUCUAAUUAAUUCUGCAAGUCAUUUAUAUUUCCAGGGCCAGUACUUUACAACUUUAUUUUUCUUUAAAUAUAUCUACAACCAUUUCUAUAGUUCUAUCAGUAUUAGUGUGGUAUUUCUUGCAUAUGAUUUGCUGAAUCACAGUACCAUUUAAAUUGCUAGAAUUUAAAUUUAUUUUAAAUUCAACUUCAAGCUGAACAAAAUAGGUUUUGAGCAAUAAUAGCAUAAAAAAAGUUCUACCUAGUUUAAUCGGUAGCAAUGCUCACAUUCCGCAAUUAAGCAAAGAUUAUCUUUGACUAUUACUGAAAUAAAAUAUUUUCAUCUUUGUUGUACUAAGAUGGUUCAUUCUUCAUCUUAUGUAAAUUUAUGAUUUGUAUAUUUUAAUGGUUUUUGAACUUGUUGAUGUCACGUUUCUGUGUUUAUCUUUGUGCAGGACUGUAUUUAACAUUAACUGGUACAUUAGUAUUGUAUUGAUAUUGGCUGUAUCCAACGGUGUUUAAAAAUGUAUGUGAACUAGAAUGCAGUCAUGAAAACAAGUAUUAAAAAGGUUCUGUAGUUUAGAAAGGCCUAUAUUUUUCACCAAUCUUUUGUAUGAAUUCUUUUGAGAAAGCUGUGAAACCUGAUUUAAUCUUCAUAAAAAUUUUGAGUUAUAAAAGUAUCAGAUGGAUGUAAAAAAUAUCAAAUUUAUCUCUCUUUUAGCAUAUACAAAACUUCAUGAAGAUGCACCCUUCUGGUUAUAAACUCAAAGAAAUUUUCAUUGAAGAAGAUUAAAAAUGUAGGAUUUGAGGUUUUCACAGCAAUAUGCAUAUGGUGGUAUUUUGGGUUGCAGACAGACAUAGUAUGUUCCUCCAAGAGUUGGCAUACAGCCAAAACACACGAUGUUCCAACUGAGAAGAACAGAAUCUUUAUUAAAUAUACUGUACGAAGAUU